GGGGCCUGGUGGCGCCGGGGCGGAAGCGGCCAUGGCGGCGGCCCGGGAGGGCAGCGAGGAGGGAGGCGGCGAUGGGCCGGGCGGCGGCAGCGGCCUCAACCGCUUCGUGCAGCUGCCGGGGCGGCCGCGAUCGGCGGGCCACAGGUCUCCACCAGCAAGAAGUGGCCAUCGUUGUGUGGCCGAUAAUGCCAACCUGUAUGUGUUUGGAGGCUACAAUCCUGACUACGAUGAGUCAGGUGGGCCAGAGAAUGAAGACUACCCACUCUUCAGGGAGCUCUGGAGGUACAACUUCGCCACGGACACCUGGCAUCAGAUGGGCACCGAAGGCUACAUGCCGAGGGAGCUGGCCUCCAUGUCACUGGUGCUGCACGGCAACAACCUGCUGGUCUUCGGGGGCACUGGCAUCCCCUUCGGGGAGAGCAACGGCAACGACGUCCACGUCUGCAACGUCAAGUACAAACGAUGGGCUCUGCUCAGCUGCCGAGGAAAGAAACCCAAUCGGAUCUAUGGGCAGGCCAUGGCCAUCAUCAAUGGCUGUCUGUACGUGUUUGGAGGAACAACCGGUUACGUUUACAGCACCGACCUACAUAAGCUGGACCUCAACACCAGAGAGUGGAUCCAGCUGAAGCCAAACAACAUGUCCUGUGACAUGCCGGAGGAGAGGUACAGGCAUGAGAUCGCACACGAUGGUCAACGGAUUUAUAUCCUGGGAGGUGGAACUUCCUGGACAGCAUAUUCCUUAGAUAAGAUCCACGCGUACAACCUUGAAACCAACACCUGGGAGGAAAUUGCCACGAAGCCUCAUGAAAAAGUUGGCUUCCCAGCAGCCAGAAGGUGCCACAGCUGCGUUCAGAUCAAAAAUGACGUAUUUGUUUGCGGUGGCUAUAAUGGAGAAGUGAUUCUGGGAGACGUUUGGAAGCUGAACCUGCAGACAUUCCAGUGGGUCAAGCUCCCUGCCGCCAUGCCGGAACCCGUGUACUUCCACUGCGCCGCUGUCACACCGGCUGGCUGCAUGUACGUUCAUGGAGGGGUGGUCAACAUCCACGAGAACAAACGGACUGGCUCGCUCUUUAAAAUGUGGCUGGUGGUGCCCAGCCUGCUGGAACUGUCCUGGGAGAAGCUCCUCGAGUAUUUCCCUCACCUCGCAACUCUCUCCCGCUCUCAGCUCUUGCACCUCGGACUGACGCAGGGACUCGUCGAGCGACUAAAAUGAGGCCCCUGCAUGCUUCCAUCCGGGACACAGUACGUUCCAGGAGCCCUCUCCCACCCCCUAUUUAUGGAUACCGUGGAUGGUCUCGUUAAGAAGAUGGAGGAACCCGCUCAACGCCUUACUCUGCAAAUGCAUCGAUGCCUUUCUAGGAAUUUUUACUUUAAGUUGUUGAAAAAUUGACUUUUAAUUUAUCUCUAAAUUACACCGUUACUCAGAAACGCUCUCUGGGAUGAAUCCGUAACAUCCAAGCCAGCCCACCCUCAUCAGCGCUUGCUUGUGGCUUCAUGGAGGAAGCAGCGGGAGCUCUGUGAGCACCUGAGCCCGUGUUUACACACGGCACAUCUGGCUCAAGGCUCACAGUGAGGCCUGUUCUGCUUGGGGUGGCGCUUCCUCCCGCUAACGCACAGCCGAACUCUCCCGCUGUCCAAGUGAGAGCUCCUCCCGCUCGAAGGCUUUGCAUGCGUUUCACGGGCAUGUUCCCACCUUGCGCUGAGCUUCGGAAGACGGCUGGAACGUCACGUGGGGUGGUGAGCAAAGCUUUGCCUCUGCCACUGCUCUUGGUUUGAAACGCCCUGCGGCCGCGUUCCUCACCUUUUCAUAUUGAAAGGCUCACUUGGAAGACCGGUGACAAGUUGCCACUCAAUGGACUACUGUGUAGUUUGCUCCGGGUGGUGACUGGGGAGGGAAAAAGCUUUUGCUGAGGCUUUUUAACCCCUUCUGCUCACGUCCACUGCAAAAAAAACCCCACGUCACCCUGUAGAUUUCAGAGCUGUCAUCUUCAAA